AUGGGUGGAGUUACAGGCCCAGGGCCUCACAAUAUUGGUGGAGUUACUGGCCCAGGGCUCUACAGUAUGUGUGGAGUUACCGGCCCGGGGCCCUACAGCAUGGGUGGAGUUACAGGCCCAGGGCCUCACAAUAUUGGUGGAGUUACUGGCCCAGGGCUCUACAGCAUGGGUGGAGUUACCGGCGCGGGGCCCUACAGCAUGGGUGAAGUUACUGGCCCAGGGCCCUACAGCAUGGGUGGAGUUACCCGCCCGGGACUCUACGCCAUGGAAUUAAAAAACAAGCAAAAGGAUCAUGUAGCAUGCCCUGUGAAAAAUUCUGAAGAACCUGGAGGUCAUAUUCCAAGUUCUGCAGGAUCAAUGAUCGUCUCGGGAGAGUCUAGCAGGUCGCAACUUGGGAUGUUAGUGGCAUUGGUGGUCUUCCUCCUGGAGGUGCUGCCUCUCUUCAUUCCUUCUGGCAAGCUGUCGCCAGGAGCCAUAGUAGGAGAGUCAUCACCCAGGGACCAAUCUCCGUCAUCUCCACACCCACGUUUACAAUAA